CGGCAUCGCUCCUCACCUUUUAUUGCUUUGGAUGCUCCCUGCGCUCCCUCCCUACCGCUGCCGAGACCAUCUCCGGAGCACGAGAAAAAGUGCCAGCCGAGGGAGUGCAUAGCAACAGGGUUCUGGGAUGAAGAAGAUUCGGCAGCAGCAUCUCCACAAGCCUGUAACGCCAGACCUCUUGGUGAGCCCGAGCAGUCAGGACGGGGACCUGGGCUCAGCUUACCCGGAAGACAGAGGGAACUGGACAGGGCGGCUGGAUUUCCUCCUCUCCUGCAUCGGGUACUGCGUGGGCCUUGGAAACGUCUGGAGGUUCCCGUACAGGGCUUACACCAAUGGAGGAGGAGCUUUCCUGGUUCCUUAUUUCAUCAUGCUGGCCAUCUGUGGGAUCCCCAUCUUCUUCAUGGAGUUGUCACUUGGGCAAUUCUCCAGCCUGGGGCCACUUGCUGUCUGGAAGAUAAGCCCACUCUUUAAAGGUGUUGGCAUGGGCACGAUCCUCAUCGUCUCCCUGGUGGCCAUUUACUACAAUAUGAUCAUUGCUUACGUUCUCUUCUACCUCUUUGCAUCCCUAACAAGUGACUUGCCCUGGCAGCAUUGCGGCAACUGGUGGAACACCAACCUGUGCUUGGACCACCACGUCAUCAAGGCAGGAAACGCCACCUUCCCUGUCAACAUCUCCAACACUGUCAGCCCCAGCGAGGAGUACUGGAGUCGGUAUGUUCUGCACAUCCAAGGGAGCUCUGGGAUCGGGGAUCCCGGGAGGAUCCGCUGGAACCUGUGUCUAUGCCUGCUUCUCUCCUGGACUAUCGUGUAUCUGUGCAUACUAAAGGGAGUCAAAUCCUCUGGCAAGGUUGUGUACUUCACUGCCACCUUCCCUUACCUCAUCUUGGUGAUGCUGCUUAUCCGUGGCGUAACACUGGAGGGGGCCUGGAAGGGCAUCAGGUUUUACCUCACGCCUCAGUUUGAUCACUUGCUGUCUUCCAAGGUGUGGAUCGAGGCAGCCCUGCAGAUUUUCUACUCCCUUGGGGUAGGCUUUGGGGGCCUCCUCACUUUCGCCUCGUACAACACUUUUCAUCAGAAUAUCUACAGGGACACCUUCAUAGUGACCCUGGGCAAUGCCAUCACCAGCAUCCUGGCAGGGUUUGCCAUCUUCUCUGUUUUGGGAUACAUGUCCCAGGAGCUCGGGGUCCCUGUGAACCAAGUGGCAAAAGCAGGUCCUGGCCUGGCUUUUGUGGUGUACCCCCAGGCCAUGACAAUGCUUCCCCUUUCUCCAUUCUGGUCCUUCCUGUUCUUCUUCAUGCUGUUAACCUUGGGCCUGGACAGCCAGGUAAGGACAGAGUCCACCAAGCCAGCCACAGUGCCCAGGCAGCCCAGGGGGCUCAGGAACCCUCUUUUCCCUUGUGUGCAGUUUGCCUUUAUGGAGACCAUCGUUACAGCAGUGACAGAUGAAUUUCCCUACUACCUGCGGCCAAAGAAAGCUUUUUUCUCGGCUGCCAUCUGCAUCGCCCUCUUCCUGAUGGGGCUCAUCCUUACGACGGAGGGUGGGAUGUACUGGCUGGUCCUACUGGAUGAUUACAGUGCUGGCUUUGGUCUCAUGGUGGUGGUGAUCACUACCUGCCUCGUGGUGACACGUGUCUAUGGCAUGAAGAGGUUCUGCCGAGAUAUUCACAUGAUGCUGGGCUUCAAACCAGGGCCCUACUUCAGAGCCUGCUGGUUGAUCCUGUCCCCAGCAACAAUGAUGGCCCUGCUGGUCUACAACAUCGUGAAGUACCAGCCCUCCGAGUAUGGCAGCUACCGCUUCCCUGCCUGGGCUGAGGUCUUGGGCAUCCUCAUGGGACUCUUCUCCUGCCUGAUGAUUCCCGCUGGCAUGGUGGUGGCUGUGCUCCGAGAAGAAGGGACACUGUGGGAGCGGAUCCAGCAAGCCAGUCGGCCUGCCAUGGACUGGGGCCCGUCACUGGAGGAGAACAGGACUGGCAUGUACGUGGCAACCCUCGCCGGCAGCCAGUCACCCAAGCCGCUGAUGGUCCACAUGAGGAAAUAUGGAGGCAUCACCAGCUACGAGAACACGGCCAUCGAGGUGGACCGGGAGAUGGAGGAGGAGGAGGAGGAGUCCAUGAUGUAAGGGGCCCUGGUGCCCCAUGGGUUGCGGGGGGGGGGGGGGGAGGUCACCCCAAAACUUGCACAGGUCACACUUGGGCACUUCAGGCUGGCCUGGGGGCCAUGCAGGGGGCAGUCAUGAGCUGCAGACCCUACUGGCCUCCUUGCCACCACCCUGGCCUCACCAGGAGAGGGCUGCUGCUGGGUCUGCUAUCCUCGAGGUGUUUCUGUUCAGUGUGGCAAGCUGCGUGAUGAAUCUGUGCAUUUGUGUGAUGGUGUCUGGUACAAGUGUCUGAUUACACCCAUUCCACCCUCGGCCUCAGCCCAUGUGCUGCAAGCAGGUGGGAGAGGACCACGUGCUGCCCUCCCUUUGCAUGGAUGCUUGGGGUUGCACGAGGCAGGGAGGAUGAGGCUGUCUGUUCUCUGCUAAUGCAUAUUUAACUCCAAUAAUCCACAAACACAUGUGAGAAAGGACUGUGUUAACAUCCUCUGUGCUCCAAGGAGAGUGUGCGUCAGAGCACUCCGCUUACACGGAGGUUCUUCAGCAAAACAAGGUCAGGUCAGUGUCCCAGGAAUGAAAUC